UUACGGCUUCAACAGAGAAGGACCCAGGAGCAGCUGGCUAACCAAGGCUUAAUACCACCCCUGAAAAGUCCAACUGAGUUCCAUGACCCGAGGAAAAAACUGGAUAGUGCCAAGACUGAAGACUCUCUGAGGCGCAAGGUCAGAAACAGGUCGGACCGUGCCAGCCUGGUUAAUAUGCACAUUCUCCAAGCCUCCACGGCAGAAAGAUCCAUUCCAACUGCUCAGAUGAAGCUGAAAAGAGCCCGCCUUGCAGAUGACCUCAACGAGAAGAUUGCUCUUCGCCCAGGGCCCUUGGAACUGGUGGAGAAGAACAUUCUGCCUAUGGAUUCUUCCGUGAAAGAGGCUAUAAAAGGUACUGAGGUGAGCCUCUCCAAAGCAGCAGAUGCAUUUGCCUUUGAAGAUGACAGCAGCAGGGAUGGGCUUUCCCCAGAUCAGGCUCGGAGCGAGGAUCCCCAGGGCUCUGCAGGAUCAACCCCAGACAUCAAAUCCACUGAGGCUCCUCUGGCUGGCCCUCUGGACACAAUCCAGGAUCUCACUCCUGGCUCAGAAAGUGACAAGAACGAUGCAGCCUCCCAGCCGAGCAACCAGUCAGACUCUGGGAAGCAGGUGCUUGGCCCUCUCAGCACCCCGAUCCCUGUGCACACUGCGGUAAAGUCCAAGUCUUUGGGUGAUAGUAAGAACCGCCACAAAAAGCCGAAAGACCCCAAACCAAAGGUGAAGAAGCUCAAAUACCACCAGUACAUCCCCCCGGACCAGAAGGCAGAGAAGUCCCCUCCCCCCAUGGACUCUGCCUACGCUCGGCUGCUCCAGCAACAGCAGCUAUUCCUGCAGCUACAGAUCCUCAGCCAGCAGCAACAGCAGCAGCAGCAGCAGCAACAGCAGCAGCAACAGCAGCGGUUCAGCUACCCUGGGAUGCACCAAGCACACCUCAAAGAGCCAAAUGAACAGAUGACCAGAAAUCCGAAUUCUUCCUCAACACCACUGAACAACACCCCUCUGUCCCCUGUCAAAAAUAGCCUUUCUGGACAAACUGGUGUUUCUUCUCUCAAACCAGGCCCCCUUCCACCAAACCUGGAUGAUCUCAAGGUGUCAGAGUUAAGACAACAGCUUCGAAUCCGGGGCUUGCCAGUGUCGGGCACCAAGACAGCUCUGGUGGACCGCGAAUUCUUCCAGGAUUGUGCUGGCAACCCAGCCCAACUUGGGGACAUCAUAAUGUCACCUUUCUGUCCAAACACCUUGCCCAGUUAUCAGUCCUCCCCAUCAGGCUUCUACCACUUUGGCAGCACAAGUUCCAGCCCGCCCAUCUCCCCCGCCUCAUCUGACUUGUCUGCUGCAGGGUCCCUGCCAGACACCUUCACCGAUGCGUCACCUGGCUUCGGCCUGCAUGCAUCGCCGGUGCCCGCCUGUACGGAUGAGAGUCUGCUGAGCAGCCUGAAUGGGGGCUCGGGCCCCUCCGAGCCUGACGGGCUAGACUCUGAGAAGGACAAGAUGCUGGUAGAGAAGCAGAAGGUGAUCAACCAGCUCACCUGGAAGCUGCGGCAAGAGCAGCGGCAGGUGGAGGAGCUGAGAAUGCAACUGCAGAAGCAGAAGAGCGGCUGCAAUGACCAGAAGCCACUGCCCUUCUUGGCCACCACCAUCAAGCAGGAAGAUGUCUCUAGCUGUCCCUUCGCAGCCCAGCAGGCAUCUGGGAAGGGACAGGGCCACAGCUCCGACAGUCCCCCUCCGGCCUGUGAGACUGCUCAGCUGCUGCCUCACUGUGUGGAGUCCUCAGGUCAAACCCAUGUACUCUCCUCCACAUUUCUCAGCCCCCAGUGCUCCCCUCAGCACUCGCCCCUGGGGACCCUGAAGAGCCCGCAACACAUCAGCCUGCCCCCAUCGCCCAACAACCAUUACUUCCUGGCUUCCUCCUCUGGGGCUCAGAGAGAGAACCAUGGGGUAUCUUCACCCAACAGCAGCCAAGGGUGUGCACAGAACUCAGGGGCACAUGAAGGUCGUCCUCCUAGCUUCUCUCCCCCAUCUUCCAGCCUCCAUCAGCCUUUCUCUGGCACCCAAGCAGACAGCAGUCACAGUUCUGGGCUCAACCCUUGUCCCAAAAGCCCAGUUAUUCAUCCAAAGAUGACUGGUUUACAAUCUUCUGACAAGGUGGGGCCAACGUUUUCAAUUCCAUCCCCAACUUUUCCUAAGUCGAGUCCAACAGUUUCAGAGAUAACCCAGCCCCCAUCCUAUGAAGAUGCAGUGAAACAGCAAAUGACUCGGAGUCAGCAGAUGGAUGAACUCCUGGAUGUCCUCAUUGAAAGUGGAGAAAUGCCAGCGGACGCCAGGGAAGAUCAUUCAUGUCUUCAAAAAAUCCCAAAGAUACCUGGGUCCUCCUGCAGCCCAACCACCAUCCUCCCCAAGCCCUCGGCUUCCUUUGAACAGGCGUCUUCGGGAGGCCAGAUCUCCUUCGAUCACUAUGCCACCGACAGUGAGGAACACCUGGAAGUCUUAUUGAAUUCUCACAGCCCCAUAGGGAAGGUGAGCGAUGUUACCCUCCUCAAAAUCGGAAGCGAGGAGCCUCCUUUUGAUGGGAUCAUGGAUGGCUUCCCAGGGAAGGCUGCGGAAGAUCUCUUCAGUGCUCAUGAGCUCUUGCCUGGGCCGCUCUCCCCUAUGCAUACACAGUUGUCACCUCCGUCUGUGGACAGCAGUGGUCUGCAGCUGAGCUUCACGGAAUCUCCUUGGGAAACAAUGGAAUGGCUGGACCUCACUCCACCUAGUUCCACGCCAGGCUUCAGCAACCUCACCUCCAGCGGGCCCAGCAUUUUCAACAUCGAUUUUCUGGAUGUCACGGAUCUCAAUUUGAAUUCCCCUAUGGACCUCCACUUACAGCAGUGGUAA